AUGAUUAUUGUACAAUGGAAUGAAGUCAUAUAAUCGGGUAACUUCCAUUAUGAUGGCAAUAUUUUGUGCGGACAAUUAAGUUAAAAGCUUCUUGAAAUUCAGAAGGUAAUUCGCAAUACAUCCAUUAUGCAUUGUUCAAAAUUGACGGAUUGUAACCGACAUUUUCGUAUAAAACUGAAAAUUUCAUCAAAAUGUUGGUUAGUUCUCGUUUUGUGAGUGGUGUGGCUUUAUUGUGGUAAGAAAAGUGAACAAGAAACUCGGAGCAAUAAAUUGAAAAACCAACAGACAAACAAAAACGAAAAGAAAAUAAAUUCAGAAGCAGUGAAAAUGGUGAAGCUAAAUGCGAAUUUGUUUAAAUUACUGGGUGCCCUGUUAGUGGUGAUUUUAAUUUGUAAAUCCUGUGGAGCCGUUCCCAAAUAUGAGGAACAGAAUACCUAUCCAAAUAAUCAAUGGCGCCGGAAUUACAAGGAAAAUGAUACAAAAGCUGAUUCAUCAUCAGUUAGUGACCGGGCUGAACGUUUAGGAUUCACAACCGGAUAUGGAUCCCAAGGAUAUCCGUAUUCUGGAUCGGGAGUUGGCGUUUAUAGUCCACUGAAAAUUGAUUUAGGUGGUGUGGUGAUUGGUGCACUUAUCGGAAUCGGUGCUCUACUUAUUGUUCCGAAAUUUUUAAGCGCAUUCAAUGGUGGCUACGGUGGUGCUGGAAAUUACAGAAGUGUUGAUGGUGAUCCUAGUGGACUUACGGAAAUGCUGACUAAAAUCGAUGACAUUCUGGGUAAAAAUAAUAUCGAUUCGACAACUUGCGUUCAACGGGCCGUCUGUACUUAUGUACGUUCAGCCGAAUAUCAUAUGACGAUGGGAACGGCCGAUCAAUCCGAUCAAAUCAUUCACACUUUGACUGGUAACGCGUUGGUCGAAUACAUGCUUGACGGUACGGCUAUUAAGGAAGCUCUGGAAAAUGGAAAGAAUAUGGAUGCCAGAGAUUGUGAUACCAUCUAUCCGGGAUGCCCGUUGGACAAGCAAUCGUCGAUGCAAAUGCUCACUAAAUUGUUACCCAAAAAUGGACAAUAAUUUUAUGGAAGAUUAAGCGGCACAUCCUUUUUAUUAAUUAUUUUUGUAAUCGAAACUUGCAUAAAAACAU